AUGGCGGACGCAUCCGAUCGCAGCUCCAAGGCCGACCCGGCCGAGUUCGACGCUUAUUUCCCCUCGCCCUUCUCCCUCACCCAAUACACCGCCCCCAAGACGGACUUUGGCGGUGCCGAUUACGCCAAUGCCUACAAAGGCGGCAAGUGGAAGAUUCUCCUAGUCGGGACCGCAGAACGCUAUCUGAGGAUGGCAGACGGCAAGUUCUUCUCCACGGGAAACCACCCCGUGGAAACGCUUCUGCCUAUGAUGCAUCUCGUCGCUGCCGGCUUUGAGUUUGACGUGGCUACGAUCGGUGCCCUCCCGGUCAAAUUCGAGAAGUGGGCGUACCCCAACGAGGACGACGCCGUCAACAAGUUCUGGGACAAGUACAAGAGCCAAUUCCGCAAGCCACUUAACCUUGAGGACGUAUGGGGCAAGGGAUUCACCAAGGAGACUCCCUAUAUCGGUGUCUUCAUUCCAGGUGGUCACGGUGUCCUGACGGACGUUCCGUUCUCGGAGACCGUCGGCAAUAUCCUCCGAUGGGCGGAUGCGAACCAGCGAUAUCUCAUCACUCUUUGCCAUGGCCCGUCGUGCAUGCUUGCGGCCAAUGUCGGCAAGCCUGAGGGCAGCAAGUACAUCUACGACGGGUACAAGAUCGUGGUCUUCCCCGACUCGCUGGACAAGGGCGCCAACAUCGACAUUGGGUAUAUCCCGGGUAAGAUGGAGUGGUUGGUCGGCGAGAGCCUUCGCAAGCUGGGAGUCACUCCCUUGAACUCGGGAAUCACUGGCGAGACGCACCAUGAUAGGUAUGUCCUGACGGGUGACUCGCCGCUGGCCUCGAACAACCUCGGCAAGCUGGCUGCAUCCGUCAUCUUGGACAAUGUAGCCAAGCGAUAA